AUGGGUGAUACGGGUGAUACUCGAUAUUCCAAAUUGGCCGGGCGAACAUGUUGGCUCAUUUACGUCGCCAUGCUCAUCGGAUGUAUGCUUCUUCUUGCCUGUGGAAUGUUAAGUCCAUGGUUCUACGUUGCGCCUUUACAUAAACACGGAUUUAAUCGCAUCGUCGCCGGUUUUGGCUAUCCAUCAGCUCAAAUUACCUACAAAUGUAUGCAAGCUGUUUUUGCAGAAAACGCAACGAGCUUCGCCGAUUUGCCCGUAAGUUUUGUGGCAAGAAAAUGUGGAAACGACGAGAAACCCGAUAGUAGCUUUUGGAAUGACACAGCAAUUCGUCAAGCCGUAGAAAUACACAAAGCUGACAAUAACGGAAUAGACGAAUGCUUAUGGAUUUCACUCGGAUCUCUGGUUGUCGCUUCAUCAACAGCUAUCAUUUUCUUUUUACUCUUCUUCAUGAACGUUUUCGCGUGUGUUUGCACCGUGAAGUACGGUCGUCUGUUAACUGCUAUCGGUGCGCUCUUCUCCUCGACGUUUUGUUUGCCGGCAGCAAUCUGUACUUUCAGAGCCGUUUUCCCUUUAUUCAAAAACCAUCCACUUCUCAGAAAAAUUGCCGGAGAUUUAGAACCUCCAUACUACUUGGGUAUUCACAAUCUGAUGGGUCAUGGCCGAUAUUCUACCUUUUUCGCGGGCUUUUGUCUUUGUUUUGUGAUAAUUCUUGGUUUUACACAAGCUUUUGUGGGAGUGUUCAGAAAUCACGAAAAACGCAAAAUGAUAUACGAUUGGGAGAAGAAUCCAUCUCAAUAUCGACGUGUUUCACUCGCGCACAAAGAUUGUGAACAAAAACAUGCUUGUAAUCCAGAUCUUCAUCAAUUGACUCGUAAAGAAGCAAAC